AUGAAGUUCCUCACUCUUGUUGCCGCCACCCUCGCCGUGGUCGCUGCCGGCGCCUCGGCCGACGCCAGCUUCGAGGUGCGCGACCUCCCCGCCAUGUCCAAGCACCCGCUCUCCAUGCAGCGACGUGACGCCAUCCUCAACCGUCGCCACAACCAGCAGCGCGUCGCCAAGCGCGGUUCCAAGCGCGCCUCCAAGAACUCGUGCAAGGCAAAGACGCACAAGGCCGCCUCGGGCAUGGGCAAGAAGACCACCCAGUCCGCAAAGCAGCACUCGAGCGCCAGCUCCAACUCGAGCGCCCAGUCACAGUCGCACUCGCAGGCCGAGUCGCAGUCCAACUCGCACGCCUCGAGCCAGUCUCAGAGCCAGUCCGACUCCAAGGCCGGCUCGGAUGCCAAGUCCAACGCCUCGAGCAACUCCAACUCGCAGUCGCAGUCGUCGUCUUCCGGUAAGACCGACUCCAACUCGAGCAACUCCUCCUCGUCUUCGUCUUCGUCCUCCUCCUCGUCCUCGGCCUCGGGUGCCGGUCUCUUUGGCUUCAACGGCGGCAGCUGCGGCUCGAGCGGCGCCAACGACAACCAGCCCAACGGCUCGCAGAACUUCCUCAACUGCGGCCUCACCUCGGGCGGCUGGAACCCGCCCAAGCUUCAGCUCGACCAGCUCAAGGUGCUCUCGGCCUCGCAAGCGGCCAACUCGGCCGUCUUUGCUCCCUGCAAGGACGUUCUCUGGGCGUUCCAGGCGGCCGAAAAGGCGCACGGCGUGCCGGCCACGGUGCUCAUGUCGUUUGCCAUGCAGGAGUCCACGUGCAACCCCAACGUCACUGGCGGCAACGGCGAGCAGGGCCUCAUGCAGAUCACGCCCGACAAGUGCGGCGGCGCGCCCGGCGGCAACUGCAAGGACCCCUGGUUCAACGUCGACGCCGGCGCAAAGUACUUUAAGAACACGCUCGACCAGUGCGGCGGCAGCGUGCUCCAGGCCAUUGGCCAGUACAACGGCUGGCAGCUGGGUCUGACCGUGCAGAAGGCCACGGCGGCCAAGUACCAGGGCAACUGCUACGCGCAGAACAACCUCGACUACCUCUACCAGAUGCUCAACGGCUGGUUCCUCGGCAAGGCCAACGCCUACGACAUGGGCACCUACAAGAACCUCGCCAGCUGCUAG